AUGCAGUCCCUUGAGAGCUCUGCGUCGGUGAACUGCCUCGACUUCUGGGCCGAGGCAGAUUCAGACAACCGGACGCUGGUCCUGUAUACCGGCGACGAGGAUGGAGAGGUCCGAACUUGGGACCUGUCUGCCUUGCUUUCCACAGCCGGCCUGCAGCCGACGCCGCCGAUCCCGGAAGCAGACUGGGAUCCCUACAAGCGUGUGGAAAACGACGCCUCCCAUACGUCCGAGACGGUGGCGCGCAAUGCCGCGUCGCUUGAAGUGCCGGAGCUACCUGCCAUGAUGGAUCAGCCAUUGGUGCGGCAGGGCCUCUCAUGGAAAGCACACACUGACAGCCUUCGCAGCCUGAAGGUGUACAGCAACCCACCUUGCUUGGUGACAGCAGGCUUCGACGGCAUGGCGAAAAUCUGGGCGCGAGACGGGACGCUGAUCUCGGUGCUCCGAGCUUAUGGGCAGACACCGUGGCAUUUCCCUGCCGAGGCGUCUGAUCCCUGCGUGCCGCUGGAAACCCAGAACUACCUCCUUGAGAAGGUCAGACAAGCUGCUGUGGCCAAACCAGCCAUCGAGAAUGGCUACUCGAGAGGUAAGAACGAUGAGGUGCAAGCGAAGCACGGCAAGGGCUAA